AUGUACGAAGGGAUUGACAACCUGAAAUCCCUUUACGACCGUGCCGGGAAGACUUUCUCCGGCGGUCCUUCUGCGGCACAGGAUGUGCCGCGUCGUACUGCUCGACCAGACCCAGUACGUCAAUCAUCAGUUGGGAGCGGGGCUCCCAAGAAUCAUAGGACGGGGGAUAGCCGCGCCACCGGACGAGAUAACUCGUCCGACGUCCGUUCACGUCGCGGUGGUUCAACAGCUGCUCAACUAGAUAGCGCUGGCCACCGCGAGAGUCCUCUAAUGGAGGUGGAGGAGGAGGAAAGGCGCUCUCCACACGAUCAUGUGGAUCGGUGUGUUCCCGAGAGCUUCUUUGAUCGCGUAACUCUUGCGUUACGCGGCGACCUCGAGCAUGAGCGGGUCAGGCGUCUUCAACUGUCGGACACAGUCUCGAAGCAUCGAGCUGAGUUUGCCUUUGCUCAGCUCGAGAACGAGAGAUCUCUGACAUCUCUUCGUGACGAGCUAAGGGUAGCUCGUGGGAUUGCUGAUCGGUCUCGGGAUGAGAUAGCUGCUCUUCAUACCCUUGUAGAUGCCCACCAUCGGGAGCACAAGGCUCUCUGUGAGAUGCUUGAGCGCAAGGGCAUUCUUCAUCGGAAGAAGCAGCGCACUGAUGGUGCGGAUUAA